AGGUAUUUGAAAGCGGCAGCAUCAGCAGCAGCACAGAGAGAGAGAGAGAGAGAGAGAGAGAGAGAGAGAGAGAGAGAGAGAGAGAGAGAGAGAGAGAGAGGAUCGUCGAGAUGGUGUCUGAGGGUGAGCACACGUUGAGAGUAGGGUGUAUCCAGGGCAAUUGGAGUUUGAUUCUCCGAGCACUUGAGGAUAUAGCCGUACCAUGGCUGACAGCCGGGAAGCAAUUCACUCAUGGGCCCCCAGUGACAUGGAACACCACUUACAUCGAUGACGGCAGGCAGAACCCCCUUCAUUACCUUGCGGGGGGUGAGACUACGACGCCGAUGGCCUCCACAACUGCAUCAGCCUUAGGAGAACUGAAAUUAGCUGCGUCGGAGACAGAUAUCCGGCGAGCCGAUGUCUUCGAAAUCGUCUUCGGCUAUACAUGUGUCCAGCGACCGUCGGCGCCCAACGACGAGAGAGGUAAGAGCGUAGAGACAACAGAGCAAGAACAGCAGCAGCCGCAUUUGACCCCUCGUUUCUUCCCCUCCUCAUCGCAAUUAGCACUAGUUGCUGGAGCGAGCCUCACCGUCAAGAACCAGGAGGGGGAAACGCCAUUUCUCGUGGCCAUUCGGACUAAAUCGCUAGCCGUAAUCGGCGCUUUGAUAGACAUAUGGGAUCGACUAAGCUGCUACAAAUGCAAUCACGCUUGUAGAGAGAGCAGCUAUGGUGGUUUGCCACGUGGCAGCAGCAGCGAAGAGAACCAGUUCGACUACUCCUACUUGGUGAUGGCGGAUCGACACGGCGAGACCCCACUUACACGCGCCAACAGGCUUGCGCAGGAGGGUACGGCGAACGCUUUAACGGAAAGAGGGGUCACUCCACUGUCCAAGCCAUCUGCGCACUCACCAGACGUCCUGGAGAUGAACAGGCUUUGGAGAGCAAGGAAUCAUGGCCUACUCUAUGAGGAGCCGGUGUUCUUAUUAAUCGACAGUCGACUGAGCAAGCUCCUGGGCGCGGCGAUGGAAAGCGUGACCUCCUGCCCUUCCGCAGGGGAGGGAGAUGGUCCGCCUGCUGAUGCAUUUUCAGUUCCACCCUCACCAGUGGUCUCUCGCGAAAAUAGCCCGAAAGGGGCGGGAGUUUUUCACCGGCGUUCCCGCCCUCCCCUCCUGUCAUCUGACCAGCAGCAGCAGCAGGAGAGCAAGCGAGAUCGCCGGCGGCGGCUGCGGGAGGUGUUUUGCUCGGCGGGAAAACUUGUGCACCAGCCGGGCCCCGCGGUUUUGGACGAAAGAGCAGAAUCCAAUCUCGAUGCCAAGAUCUUUUCUGCAUUUGGCAACGGAUUCGGUCCUGCGCCCGAUGAAGGUGUUUUUGUCCAAUUAAGGGAUCUGGAGGAGAUCAAGGCUCUUCGGGACAGCUUGGUGGCGCGUGUUGUCGUCAACACUGAGCUAGACGAGAGGGCCGCGGGUCUGCUCCUGGACAUGUACCACGGGGAGGAGGCGGCGCUGCUGCGCGAGUGGGCUGCUGACAAGCAGAAGGUUCUCGAGAAAGGAGGAGUUCGACGCCAGUCCGCGGGUGGGAGUAAACAUGGCGGCGGCGGCGGUGGAGGCGGAGGCGGCGAUGGUGCCGGGGGGAAGAUGGAUGCCGAGGCGGAGGUUCCGCUCCGAUCCGCCGGCGACGGCGAUGAUGCCGGCGGGGAGAUGGAGGCCGAGGCAGAGCCUCCGCUGCGAUCCGCCGGCGGUGCUUCCGCUUUCUCGGACGACGAGGUAGGGGGGAGAGCAGGGCGGGAGAAGCAAGGACAGAGUGGCGGCGGCGGCGGCGAUGAUGCCGGCGGGGAGAUGGAUGCCGAGGCGGGCGGCGGCGCUACGACGGCUAUGGUUGCUUCGGAAUCCGCCGAUGGUGCUUCCACCGGCGGCGGUGGCUCCAUUUUCUUGAACAACGAGGUAGGGGGGAGAGCAGGGCGGGAGAAGCAAGGAGACAAUGGCGGCGGCGGCGGGGAGAAAACGCUAGAAGGGGGCGGAGGUGGUCAGGGCGGAAAGCAAGCGGGAGCGGGAGAAACAGCGGGAGGGGAAGAGACAGCCACGUGCAUUGUUUGCUUUGACGAUCUUGUCGUUGACUGUCCUUGCCCCUGCUGUGGGCAGACCAUUUGCGCCACUUGCCUGCGGAAGUAUGCCGCAUCGCGCAUUAAUGAUGGAGAGGUGAGAGCGAUCAGCUGUCCCGGUGGCGGCUGCGCACGAUUGCUUGCGGAGUCGGAAGUGCGGGAACUGGUCGAUGGCGGCACCUUCAAGCGCUACCAAGAUCAGCUGGCGAAUAAAUUCGUUGCCGCAUCGAACAAUGUGCGGUGGUGUCCUCUCCCAGGUUGUGGAAGAGCUGUCUACCACAAGCGGGAGUCAUCUGAGGAGAAUGUGUCAAGCACUUUGGGAGAGGGAGGUGUUUCGGGCAUAAACCUCGCACGAAAUGUGGAGUGUAUUUGUGGUCAUGCCUUUUGCUGGAACUGUCGCAAACCAGCGCAUGAGCCUGCGACUUGUAAACAGGUUGAUAAAUGGGAUAAGCAAAAAUCAGUCCGACUGAAGAAUGCUGAAGCCCUUGAAUCUGCGGAUUGGAUUCGCAAGCAUGCAAAGUACUGCCCGAGUUGUAGGACGAUCUGUCAACGAGAUGGGGGCUGCAACCAUAUGACGUGUCCACAGUGUGGCCAUGAAUUCUGCUGGUAAGCUGGUUCCAGUACUUGGGUGCGGCAGAGC